AAUCUGUGCUGCUUUCUCCAGAAGCCCUAGCCGCAAGGAAGAAAGGGGAUCGCAGAUCGGCGAAAAUGACGACCAGAUUCAAGAAGAACAGGAAGAAGAGAGGACACGUCAGCGCCGGGCACGGUCGUAUCGGAAAGCACCGUAAGCAUCCCGGAGGUCGUGGUAACGCCGGAGGUAUGCACCACCACAGGAUCCUCUUCGACAAGUACCAUCCAGGUUACUUUGGUAAAGUCGGUAUGAGGUAUUUCCACAAGCUUCGUAACAAGUUCUUCUGCCCAAUCGUGAACCUGGACAAGCUAUGGUCGCUCGUGCCUGAGGACGUGAAGGCGAAAUCGACAAAGGACAACGUUCCGUUGAUUGAUGUGACGCAGCACGGGUUCUUCAAGGUGUUGGGUAAAGGUCAUUUGCCUGAGAACAAGCCGUUCGUUGUGAAGGCGAAGCUUAUCUCGAAGACUGCUGAGAAGAAGAUCAAGGAGGCUGGUGGUGCCGUUGUGCUCACAGCUUAGGUUUUCAAAUUUUACCUUCCCUUUUUGUUUUUUUUUGGCCUUUGAAUCUUCCCUAAACUUUAUCUAGUUUUAUGAACCUUGUUGGAUUUUAUAUUCGGAAUUUCAGAUGUGGUAUGUUAUUGGGAUUUUGAAAUGUUUCCGCAAUACGUAGGCUUAGAAUUAU